ACCAGUGACGAGUUCUCUCCCUUCGCAAAAGCUCCAUUUCAAUACGUGCUCAUAACUUCGUUACCCUCUAGGAUUCAGAGCAGCGAACGAGGUACUGCUGUAGGGAGUUUGGACUCGUUGGCGGGAGUACUUACGACUAGAAAAUAAUGUCUACGUGUUUUAUUCGGCUGCACUCACUAAAGGUAGAUCCAAGAAACAAUCAUGAAUAAACGAAUACGAGCAAGGAAGCGUGGCUUACCUGACUGGAUGGUUGACGAUGAUGAACCAGAAUCGCAGGCAAGCAACGCACUCAAUUCGACGGAAGACCAAGUUGAAGAUGAACAACCGAAAGUAAAUCGAAUCAAGAGGCCGUUCUGUAAACCAAGCUAUGAGUAUCUCCCAGGAAACAAACACGGUCAGAAGAGCAAGGGGAACACCCUGGCCACCCCGGAAGCUGGAACAUCACUGUCCGCUGACGAUGUAGUUGCUCAGGCGAUGCCGUUCAUAGCCUUCGCGGGUUCUACCGUGUAUACUCACAACUUCGGGGACUGUUCCUUACUCUGUGAAGAGAUUAUACGGACAUGUUUAGACGCCGAUAACAACAGUGAGCUGUGUGUAGGCUUCGACUUGGAAUGGCCUGUGACCUACAUGAGGGGCAACGGAGGUAGAGUUGCGCUUGUUCAGGUAGCGGUGAACGAAUAUACGUGUUACCUGUUUCAUAUAUCAGCUAUUGGGUCUUUGCCGAAAAUGUUGAAAAGGUUAAUCGAAGAUGAUCGCGUGAAGAAAAUCGGUGUGAACAUCGAGAAUGACAUGUGGAAGUUGGCCAAAGAUUUUGAUUUUGAAGCGAGAAAAGUUAUCAGGAAUUCCAUGAUAGACUUGGGGAAAUUAGCGAACACAAAACUGAAAUCUAAGGAGAACUGGAGUUUAGACGGUCUAUGUAGGAAUGUUCUAAGGAUGAGGAUGAAUAAAGACGAGAGUGUGCGGUGCGGGAAGUGGGAUGACUUCCCCUUGACGGACGAGCAGAAGCUAUAUGCAGCCACAGAUGCAUACGCAUGCUUGAAGAUAUACAAUACACUGGAACAUGCACAGGGGUCGUAAUGCUUAUUUGGCAGCAUGCCUAUUUAUAUAUGCCAGCUACAAUGAUCAGACAAUAAACAAACGCUUUGGGGCGAGACUUAUUCAUGGCGUCACUCUUCAAUGACAAUUUGUUUUGUCAGGAUCUGAUGUUCUUGGGUUCGAAUCCCAGAUUCGCCCAGAAUAUAUGACCAAUGGUUUGUCCCCACCAAUUCCAUACUCAUUGGUUUCACGGAAUUGGUAAACAUCUUCGACCUGCGUCGCUAGGGUUUUUUUCCGCCGCUGACGCACCCUGAUAUAACUGUGAUAUAACUCUAAUAACAGCCGUCUUUAACCCAAGUCACUAUCUCCAUUUGUACCACGGAGAAAUGAAUUUAUUUUAAAAACUAUGAAAUACUCGCAAACCAACAUAUCUGUUGUGUUCUUAAUUAUUGAAAGAUAUAGCAAUGACAGUGUAAUGUACAUUUCUAUUAACAGGGUUGCACAGAAUGCAAUAUGGCUGACGUUUUUUUCUGAUUGUACAUUCUACCUCAGUUCUAUGGUUAUUCCCUGUUACGUACUUUUCAUAAUGUGUUAUUGAUCAUAUUUACAAUUAAAACAUGUAAAAGAACCCUACUUAUUUUGUUUAUUAGUUACAGUACAAUUUUUGCGCAAAGAAAAU